CUCUACACACCCUGCAAACCAUGCCCGUCGUCAAUCCCGACCAGCUCGUGGGCCUGCAGCGCGCCAAAGACGGCGUCCGAAACAUUUGCAUUCUCGCUCACGUCGACCAUGGGAAAACCUCACUCACCGACGCUCUCAUCGCCACAAAUGGCAUCAUCUCACCAAAGCUGGCGGGCAAGAUCCGCUACCUCGACUCGCGCCCAGACGAGCAGUUGCGCGGCAUCACCAUGGAGUCGUCAGCCAUAUCGCUAUACUUUUCGCUGCUAAGGCGAUCGUCGCCCGACGCCGAGCCGGAGAAGCAAGAAAGCUUAAUCAACCUUAUAGAUUCGCCGGGACAUAUCGACUUCAGUAGCGAGGUGUCCACCGCAUCGCGACUCUGCGACGGUGCCGUUGUGCUGGUAGAUGCUGUCGAGGGAGUCUGCAGCCAGACCGUGACGGUGUUGCGGCAAACGUGGGUCGAGAAGCUCAAGCCGCUGCUCGUCAUCAACAAGAUGGACCGUCUGAUCACCGAGCUGAAAAUGAGCCCCGGCGAGGCGAACACCCAUCUGAGUAAGUUGCUAGAACAGGUGAAUGCUGUCAUGGGCAGCUUUUUCCAAGGUGAGCGCAUGGAGGACGACCUCAAGUGGCGCGAGAAGGUCGAGGAGCGCGUCAACGCGCGGAAGAAGGACCACGAAGAUGUGACUAGCGUGACCAGCGGCGUCGAGGAGAGCGACGCCACGGGCGAGUACGAAGAGAAGGAUGACGAGGACAUCUACUUUGCGCCCGAGAAGAACAACGUCAUCUUUGCCAGCGCCAUUGAUGGCUGGGCAUUUACAGUCAAGCAGUUUGCUGCGAUUUAUGAGAGGAAGCUUGGCAUCAAGCGCUCCAUAUUAGAGAAAGUGCUCUGGGGUGACUUCUACCUGGACCCAAAGUCGAAGCGGGUGCUGGGCUCGAAGCACCUCAAGGGCAGGGCGCUAAAGCCCAUGUUUGUGCAGCUGGUCCUCGACAACAUCUGGGCCAUCUACGAAGCCACUACUGGCGGCAGCAAAGGGAAGGGAGACCCCGCCAUGGUCGAAAAGAUCACCAAAUCCCUCAACAUCAGCCUCCAGCCACACGUCCUGCGCUCGCGCGAUCCCCGCACGCUGCUAACCACACUCUUCGCCGCGUGGCUGCCCCUCUCGACCGCCGUCCUCGUCUCCGUCAUCGAACACCUGCCCUCUCCGCCCGUCGCCCAGGCCGCCCGCAUGAAAGACCUAAUCAAGGCGUCGCCAGGCGCCGAGCACGUCGACGCCCGCGUCCAGGACGCCAUGACCAGCUUCAAGACGGCCAAGGACGAGCCCGUCGUCGCGUACGUCAGCAAGAUGGUCGCGGUGCCUGAGAGCGAGCUGCCCGAGAACAAGCGCCGCGGCGGAGGCACGCUCAGCGCCGAAGAGGCGCGGGAGCUCGCGCGCAAGAAGCGGGCCGAGUUUGCGCGCGCCCAGGCCAUGGCCAGCGGCGGUGCGGACGACGUUGCCAGCAUGACCGAGGCGUUUGGCGCCACGGCUGUCAUCAGUGAGGACGGGCCGCAGACGGGCGAGGAGCAGCAGCAGCAGCAGCAGCCCGAGCAGAAGGCCGACCCCGAGCACCUCAUUGGCUUCGCGCGCCUGUACUCCGGCACCCUCUCCGUCGGCGACGAGGUGUACGUGCUGCCGCCGAAGUUCACGCCCGCGGCGCCGCACGCGCAGCCCGAGCCGCAGAAAGUGACCAUCACGGCGCUGUACCUGCUGAUGGGGCGGGGGCUGGAGCCGCUGACGUCGGUGCCCGCAGGCGUGGUCUUCGGCGUCGGCGGGCUGGCGGGGCACAUCCUCAAGUCGGGGACGAUCUGCUCGCAGCUCGAGGGCAGCGUGAACCUAGCGGGCGUGAACCUAGGCUCGCAGCCGAUUGUGCGCGUGGCGCUGGAGCCGGAGAACCCGACGGACCUGGGCAAGAUGGUGGCGGGGCUGAAGCUGCUCGAGCAGUCGGACCCGUGCGUCGAGUACGAGGUGCUCGAGAGCGGCGAGCAUGUCAUCCUCACCGCCGGCGAGCUGCAUCUCGAGCGCUGCCUGAAGGACUUGCGCGAGCGCUUUGCCCGCUGCGAAAUCCAGGCCGGUGCGCCCAUCGUGCCGUACCGCGAGAGCAUUGUUGCGGCGCAGGAGAUGAACCCCCCGCGCGACCCGGAGCUGCCGCGCGGUACGGUCAAUGCGGUCACGACGAGCAAGCACGUCACGGUCAAGCUUAGUGUGCGGCCUCUGCCUGCGCCGGUCACCGACUUCCUCAGCAAGAACGGCGCCGCGAUCAAGCGUCUCUAUGCUGAGCGCCGGGCGGUUGAGGAGAGCCAGCGCGGCAUCGAUGUGCCCAGCGAGCUGCCCCACGAGCAGCAGACGCAGGAGGAGAAGGACGGCUUGGAGGAGGUGGGCAUCACGGACACGGGCAAGAUCAUGACGCUCGUCGAGUUCAAGCAGGGCUUGGUGGAGGCGUUUGCCGAGGCCAAGGGCGAGAAGGACGUCUGGGCCGGCGUGGCGGAGAAGAUCGCGGCGUUUGGUCCGAAGCGCGUGGGCCCGAACUUGCUGCUCGAUGCCACUGAAGAGGGCAUUUUCUCGAAGGCGCUCACCGACCCCACGGAAUCGCAAGAGGGCCACGGAUCGGCCGACGAGCUCACGCCGCGCGACCUUGCCGACAAGAUCGCGUACGCCUUCCAGCUCGCGACGCACCAGGGCCCGCUGUGCAACGAGCCGGUGCAAGGCAUCGCCGUAACGAUCGAAGACGUGACGAUCGCCGCGGAGCCGGCAGCGCGGGCGCGCGAGAACCUGGGCCGGCUGACGGGCGAGGCGAUCCGGGCGGUGCGCGAGGGCAUCAAGACGGGCUUCCUGGACUGGAGCCCGCGCAUGCUGCUGGCCAUGUACAGCUGCGAGAUCCAAGCGUCGACGGAGGUGCUGGGCCGCGUGUACGGCGUCAUCACGCGGCGGCGCGGCAGGAUCGUCGCCGAGACGAUGAAGGAGGGCACGCCGUUCUUUAGCAUCACCGCGCUGUUGCCCGUGGCCGAGAGUUUUGGCUUCAGCGACGAUAUGCGCAAGCGCACGUCUGGAGCUGCGCAGCCGCAGCUCGUCUUUGUCGGCUUUGAGAUGCUGGAUGAGGACCCCUUCUGGGUGCCGUUUACGGAGGAGGACUUGGAGGACUUGGGUGAGUUGGCGGACAAGGAGAAUGUGGCUAAGCGGUAUAUGGAUGGGGUGAGGAAGCGGAAGGGCUUGUUUGUGGCGAGGAAGCUGGUGGAGCACGGUGAGAAGCAGAAGACGCUGAAGAGUAAAUAGGCGGCGGUGGGAUGUGAGGAAAAAGCAUGCAUUCUUAUGGUGUUAGGGUUAGGUUUGGGUUUAGGGUU